AUGGCCCAGUCGCCGCCGCCUCCUCCUCCGCAGAGCCUCCUGGGCCUCGACCACUGGGUGUUUUCCCAGGGCUGGGGCUGGCCGGGCCACUCGGACUCCACGUCCCCGGCCUCCUCCUCGGAUUCAUCCGGCUCAUGUCCCUGCGACGGCUCCCGGGGCUCCUCGCAGCCCGCGGCCCCCUAUCGCAGCGCGCGUGCAACCCAGGUAGCCCCUACGGCGCCCCUCCGACGCGCGAGGCCGGCGCCAGCGGGAGGACAGCGGCAGAGCGCCAGCGAACGUGAGAAGUUGCGCAUGCGCACGCUCGCCCGAGCGCUACACGAGCUGCGCCGCUUUCUGCCCCCUUCGGUGGCGCCUGCCGGCCAGAGCCUAACCAAGAUUGAGACGCUGCGCUUGGCCAUCCGCUACAUCAGUCACCUGUCGGCCUUGCUAGGCCUCAGCGAUGACAGCCUGCGGCGCCGGCGCCGGCGGAGCGCGGAUGCAGGGUCCCCUCGCGGCUGCCCACUGUGCCCUGACAGCGGUCCCGCCCAGGCACAGAUGCUAGGCCCUGGCCUGGGAUCAGCUGCUUGCAGUGGGGUGCCCUGGGGAUCCCCAUCUGCUUGCCCUGGAGUCCGAGCCUCGCCUGACAACCUGGGGAGCAGGAUCUCUGACGUAGGUCCUUGGGUGACACCCCCUUACCGUCACCAAAUACAGUCACCCUUGCACCAGCCCUUAGGGAACGCCCCUGACACGUCUCACUGGACACCACUCCAAGUCUGUCCUGGGACGCAGACAUCCCUAGAGGCUGAGAACAAGGCUGGACACUGGACACCACCCACUGCACCUGCAGAUGUGGCUGAAAUGUACCAGAGUCUCUCUGUGUCUCCGGAAUCCUGCCUGUCCCAGGGAAGCCCACCCCUUGCGCCACGCCCUUCAUGUCAGAGACUCCAGCCUGAACCUCCAUGGGGGUGCUGGGACCACAAUGCAGAGGUGCUCUCCAACUCUGACAACCAGGGUUCUAACCCCACCUUCCAGCUCCCUGCAGCCAGCCUCAUCCCCAGCUCAGGCCUGCGGCUUAGUGGCUGUCAGGAACUUUGGCAAGAAGAUCUGGAAAGACCCUCGCUGAAUAUCCUCUUCUAAUGGCCUUGGCUGCGCCCUGUCAGCCUGGAGUCCUGCCUGUCCUGAGAGCGCUUUCUUCAUUUGCCUCUUCUGUGGCAUUUUGAGCUUUCUUAGCCAAGAAUCCUCUUUCCCCAAGUGAUGCCUUCUGUGGAUGCCUUUAUGUCUAGAACAGAUAGUGGGUACCUUCCCAGACUGGAGGGGAGCUGUGGCAGUGCCCUUCACUGCUAGGCACCUCUCACAAGACUCAGUGCUCUAUAAAGCACAGUCUGAGCUGCUCUGAGAACAGUGUGGGCUGGGCCUGGGGGUGGGGGGAGGCAGGGACAGCUCCAUGUUCUGCUUGCUGAUGACACCUGCAGGAUCCUAUAUGCUUGUUUUAUAAUUAAAAAAGAAAAA